AUUUUCACCUGGACAGGCAGGUCUUCUAUACCUGACCGUCCAGCAAUCGCUUGAGAAGGAAAUGAAUAGGUUGAUCAGCAACAAUCCAGCUUUUACAGUUUCGGCAGAGGUUUCCUGCUGGUUCAGGUGUGGUGAGGCCCGGAAACCUCAGUGCCCACAGACUUUUCCUCUUGUGGGGAGCCCGCCCAAACUCCAUCCUUUGCCCGCGGCCACGCCCUACGGUGGGAAGGAGGGACUGAAAAGCACUUCCUUGGGGCCGGCACUACUUGCCCUACCCAAAACGAGUUGUUGUUUGUUUUUUUUUUUUUCCCUUCCCUGGCUGAGCCAGUUUCCUCUGAAAUACAGAGUGACCGGAGGAGGAACCGGAGGAGGGACAAGACAAACUCAUGGAGCUCCAGAAAGAGUGAAAAGAAGAUUCAGCUGGCUGGGAGGUUUCUUUGCAUACGUGUUUCCAGAACUGAGACACUCUGCCUCAAUAAGAACAACUUAGGCCUUGGGAGUCAUUCUCAGCGGUGCUCUGUGCAUCCUCAAGGGGUCAAGCACUGGAGUGGACCACUGCGUUGUGAUGGGAAAUGAGAGGGGCGUGAUGCGGAUGCUGUUGGAAUGCAGUCUCAGUGACAAGUUGUGUAUUAUCCAGGAACAGCAGUAUGAAAUCAUCAUCAUCCCUACCUUCCUGGUUGGUACCUUCCUCAUCCUCCUCGGCGUCAUCCUGUGGCUUUUUAUCAGAGGACAGAGAGCCCAACAGCAGUCUCCAGGACCUCGAGGUGUUGCCCAUGUACCUCUAUCUGGGAACCUAAGCCAGGAAGCAGCAAGACCUGGGGAAACUGUGUUUGUACCACUUGAGGAGACCUCGGUGGAAAGCCUUCUGCGAACUUCUGCACAUGCCCUGGCUAAGCUGCAGGUGCCCCGGGAGCAACUCUCUGAAGUUCUGGAGCAAAUCCACAGUGGUAGCUAUGGGGCCAUCUAUCGCACCACGAUGCACACUGGGAACCCUGCAAAGCCCAAGAGUGUGGUCCUCAAGAGUUUAAAAGAACCAACUGGGCUCCAAGAGGUGCAGGAUUUCUUAGGGCGAAUCCAAUUCUAUCAGUACUUGGGGAAGCACAAGAACCUGGUACAUCUGGAAGGCUGCUGCACAGACAGGCUGCCGCUCUACAUGGUAUUGGAGGAUGUGGCCCAGGGAGACCUGCUCAGCUUUCUCUGGACCUGUCGCCGGGAUGUGAUGACCAUGGAUGGUCUUCCCUAUGACCUCACAGAGAAACAAAUAUAUCACAUUGGGAAGCAGGUCCUUUUGGCUUUGGAAUUUCUCCAGGAGAAGCGUCUGUUCCAUGGCGAUGUGGCAGCCAGGAAUAUUCUAAUCCAGUGUGACCUCACUGCUAAGCUCUGUGGGCUGGGCCUGGCUUAUGAAGUUCUCUCCCGAGGGGCCAUCUCCUCCACUCAUGUCGUACCUCUCAAGUGGCUUGCCCCGGAACGGCUUCUGCUGAAACCAGCUGGCAUCAAAGGAGACGUCUGGUCUUUUGGGAUCCUGCUAUACGAGAUGGUGACUCUAGGGGCACCUCCAUAUCCUGAGGUCCCUCCUACCAAUAUCCUACAGCAUCUCCAAAGAGGGCAAAUCAUGGAGAGACCCAGUAGUUGCACACACACCAUGUAUGGUCUUAUGAAGUCCUGUUGGCGUUGGAGUGAGGACAGCCGCCCCUCACUUCGAAAGCUACGCGCAUGUCUCGAAACUGCUGCUCAAAGUGCAGACGACAAGGCUGUGUUGCAAGUCCCGGAGUUGGUGGUACCUGAACUGUACGCAGCUGUGGCGGGUAUCAGCGUGGAGAGUGUCUCCUACUGCACCAGCAUCUUCUGAAGGUCCUGGGACAACACCCACUUUGGGGAGAUUGUAUACUCUUGAAACCAGUUCCUCCAAGAGCAAAGACUUUUUAGUGGGAGUUAAAGGGAGAAAUGGGACAUGGAUCUUGAAUUUUCUCCUACACAUUUCCCUAGAAACCUGAAAUGAUGCUGGAUGAGGCUGCCCUCACCAUGUACCCUUGAGAUGGAGAAAUGCAGUUUCAUUUCUGCUGUCCCAAUUCUGAAGACACAGGGUAGAUGGGUUGGACAGUGUCGAUGCAAGGGAGGUUUUUACAAAUUUGCAAUCUUUGUUGCCAUAUGGCAUAGAUAAGUUGGUCCCUCCUACCACAGGCUGGUUUCCUUUGAAACGUGCUUUUAUCUAGACUAUAGUUAAGGUCCAGAAAAUUGGAAUCAAAUGAGGGAAGAGAAAGUUGAUAAAGAAAUUGAUGAGAAGAAAUGAAAGGUUCUAUUUUCUCAGGAAUAUAGAUGAGGACCAAGGUCCAUCCUUCACAGAGAAGGGAGAGGAAGGUCAUAUAGUUUUCCAUUUCUGGUCCAUUCAUGCAGGGAUGAAAGAGAACCAUUAAGGAAGAUUUCUGAGCUCACCCUAAGAUAUAAGCUCACCCUAUAUGGAGAGAUACAGUCCCCUUUUAUCUAAUUCUGAGAUAGGUAAAUCCUGUUGGUACUAUUCUAAGUAGAAGCUGGAGGGGUGAUUUCAUGAUUAAGAACAUUGGUUAUGUACCAUCCAUCAGGCUCACUUUCUGGUCCCUGUUAGAUUAGAGAAAUCAACCCUGAAUAUUUAUUGGAAGGACCAAUGCUGAAGCUGAAGCCCCAGUACCUUGGCCACUUGUGAAGAGCUGACUCAUUGGAAAAGACCCUGAUGCUGGGAAAGGUUGAGGGCAGG